UAUUUAUAUCUGAGAUUUGAUUUUUUUCAACAGUGGGUUUGGAAAAUCAGGCAACUCUUACCAAUUGCAUAUGAGUGUGAUUCGAGAAAAAGAAAAAAUCUUAUGAAAUGAGGGUAACGAUAUUAAAUGUGGUUCUCCUAGGACUAUUCACUACAGAAAGUUGUAGAGGACUCGAACAAAAUCUGAGAGUAUAUGGAGGUGAGGAGGUGGAAGUAGAUGAGAUUCCGUACAUAGUUUCAAUCAUGUUCCGAAAUAUUUACUUCUGUGGUGGGGCUAUUCUCAGCGAAGAUUGGAUCAUCACUGCUGCACACUGUGUCGUGGAUAAUUCUGACGACCUAGAAAUCUAUGCAGGAUUUGUCGAUAUGGAAAAUCCUACCGAUGAUAUGCAGCUAUCGAAAGUUGAAGAAGCAUUCAUACAUCCCCUCUAUGGGCACAAGAAACAUUCAAUCACACACGAUGUGGCUCUUAUUAAACUGAAAACAAAAUUCAACUUGAGUGAGGCAGUAGCACCAAUCAGCAUCAUAGAGGAAGAUGAACUAGAAGAUGUAAUCAACCAUCAAGAAUCUGGAACCAUUUCUGGAUGGGGUGCUAAUGAUAUGUCUGUAUUAGCUAAAUUCCUUCAUUCUGGCACGGUGAGGUUAGAGAGUGAUGAAGAUUGUGCGAAACGCGAUACUCCAGAUUGCGAAAACUUCCAACCUGAGGCUCAUCUUUGCAGUAGUUUAGGAACAGAGGACAGCCCACAAGCGGUUGCGGGUGUUUGGGAUGAUGGUAGCCCACUGGUUGUAAGAAAUAAAUUGGCGGGACUCGUGCUGCAGGGAAAAUAUGCUCAAAAAGGAAAGUGUGAAUACUAUGCCACGACCUACGCACGAUUGCCAUUUUACAAAAGUUUCAUCGAAGUUUACAUUCCGGAAAUAUUCAAAGUUCAGAAAGAAGUAUCACAUAUCUUUGAAGCCGAAUUCGUGUUCCAGCAUGAUAAUGAAACUGAAAAUGGAGUCGAUGGGAUUUUCAGAAACUUUCAUAUGUGCAACUUUCGUUACUGGUGGUUUGACAAAAGAGAUGCAGAUGAAGAGGAUCAAGAUGAUUCUAUGGAACAGAAGAUCGCCGGUUCCAAACAAUAUAUAAUAAAUUUCAAGUUAGUGAAAACCUCGAAAUUUUCAAAUGAUUGUUACGGUUUGAAUGUAUUCGAUAUGUUUGUUAUCACUCCAUAUGUUUCAAUCAAGUAUAUUGAAUAGUUUGAGGACAUGGUACAAUAAAUAAUUGAUGAAGUCUU